AGGGCAAGGACGCACAGAGUACAUUUGCUCAUCGAUUUUAAGUAAAUAAACGGCCAAAAUGCCAAGAAUCGACAAUGACGUGAAGUUGGACUUCAAAGAUGUUUUAUUUCGUCCAAAAAGGAGCACUCUCAGAAGUCGAUCUGAUGUUGACUUGACUAGAACCUUUAUAUUCCGAAACUCGGGCCAGACUUACACAGGGAUUCCUGUCAUGGUGGCCAACAUGGACACAACUGGAACAUUCGAGAUGGCCAAGGCAAUUGGAAAACACCUCAUGUUUACUGUGAUACACAAACACUACUCUGUCGAGGAAUGGAAGGAGUUCGCCAGAGAAAACAAGGACAUUAUUGGGCAUGUAGCUGCCAGCACUGGUACCGGUGAAAAUGAUCUCAAGAAACUGAAGGAGAUUCUCGAUGCCGUUCCAGAAGUCAAGUUCCUGUGUGUAGACGUUGCCAAUGGUUACUCGGAACACUUUGUGCAUUUUGUGAAGAGCUGUAGAAAAGAGUUUCCUAACCAUACAAUUAUGGCUGGAAACGUGGUGACGGGUGAGAUGGUUGAAGAGCUUAUACUGUCAGGCGCAGACAUUAUCAAGGUGGGGAUUGGUCCAGGCUCCGUGUGUACCACCCGUAAGAAGACAGGUGUCGGCUAUCCCCAGCUUAGUGCCGUCAUAGAGUGCGCUGAUGCAGCUCAUGGACUUGGUGGACAUAUUAUUUCUGAUGGGGGAUGCACAUGUCCUGGUGAUGUCUCAAAAGCUUUCGGCGCGGGUGCUGACUUUGUCAUGUUGGGCGGGAUGUUUGCUGGGCAUGAGGAGUCAGGUGGGGAAAUGGUCGAGCAGAAUGGGAAGAAGUACAAGAUCUUUUAUGGCAUGAGUUCCGCUACGGCUAUGAAGAAACAUGCUGGCGGGGUGGCUGAAUACAGAGCGUCCGAGGGUAAAACUGUACAGAUCGAGUACCGAGGUCCGGUAGAAAACACUUUGCAGGACAUUCUUGGUGGUGUUCGCUCCACGUGUACAUAUGUCGGUGCAGGAAAACUGAAAGAGCUAAGCAGACGCACAACUUUCAUCCGUGUCACCCAGCAGCUGAAUGAAGUGUUUGCUGCAAGCACCAAGGAACACUGAUGAACAUCUCUCUUUUCUGAUUGGUUUUCUGUUGAUCAAGAAAUCUCUUUUUUGAUUGGUUUAUUUUUAACCAUUUCCUGAAUGGUUAAUAGUUUUUUUAACCCAGAUAUCCUUUAUUUGAUUGGUUGAUUGUUGACCAAGUGAUCUGUUGUAUGUGUUAGUUCAUUCAGACACUAUUGUUUGUGUUUUUAUUAUUUGUUAUGAAGUGUUGUUGCAAAUAAUUUCUUCAUUUAAAACGAUCAUUUUAAAGUUGAAGUAUAACUAAGCAUGUUUUAGAAGAAAAAAAGUUAUACAAGUAAUACAUCAUGAUUAGCUUCUAUUAUAGAAGAAAAAAGAGUUUGUCAUCAGAAUUAAUUUUGAACAUAAAUGGUGUAUCCUGAUCGGAAAAUAUGCUCUGAUUGGUAUGGAACAAAAUGAUUUGAAGAAAUAAGUUACACACUUUAAGUGGCAUUUAUGUUACAGUUGUGUUCAUGUCAAUGCUUUAGGGUAAUUUUCAUUUUUAUAUUAGAAUACUUUAAAACACUAGAUCUACUUAUUUUUUAUUUGAACAUUUUUUUUUAAGAAUUUCAUUUUCUUUUCUUAUGUUUUUUUUUUGAAAAUGCACCUUUUAUUGAUUCUGUUUUCCAUUACACAUUUUUUUCUUGUGUUUUUGUUGUAUUAUAUUACAAAAUGUAAAUUUAUAGUACAUCUUUUAAUUAACCAGAUACGACAAACAUUUAAACACAAUGAAAGAAAAAACAUCAUUAUUGUGGCUGUAGAUUCACUAUAAAUUAUUUAGUUUUCAUCAACAAUAUUUACUUUCCAGUUCUUAUAAAGAACUAUUUUUAAUAGUCCUGUAAAUCAGUAUUGUAUUUUUUUAUAUCAUUUGAAUUUAGCAUUGUUGGAUAACAGUAUUUUUAGUUGAAAACCGUACACACUUAAGAAAUGUUUAAGGUUGCUAGUAUGUCACUACUUACAAAAAUAAAUGGUUGGAUUGCAUAACAAAUGCAAGUACCUUUAAACUUUUAAGUGGUCUACAUUUUGUUGUAUUAUCUAUCUACUUCAUGGGCCAGCCACUGAUUAUAUCUAUGCUUCACCUGAUUUGACUGCUGAUUUACUGAAACAGAUGUAUUGGAAAACUUGAGAAAUACUGCCUUCUCAUCGGACAAAAUAAAAUGUUGACCACUUAUCAUUCAAAAGCAUGGCAUUCGAUUUACACUCUUCUACAGCUUUGAUUUUACUGUUUUAUGACAAGUAUUAAAUGCUCGCAUAGUUUUAACUGAGAAUAAUUCAUCUUUAUUUUUAAAAAAAACAGUUACAGGUAUAGUAAGUACUUAUGCCUCACGUUUUUUGUUGAUAUAAUGAUGAAUAAUAUAUGCUCUUUGUUUGCACCAACUUGCAAGAAAUGGUUAAAGAUUGUUAAUAUGUAUUUACAAAACUAAAUGGUCUAAUGAGAUGUUUACAAUUUAUUUUGUUUAAUUAAGUCCAUACUAACAAUUUUUUUUUAAAUUUUUGGUGUUCAAUAUAUUUUGUAAACUAGCCUAUUCUGGGCCAGCCACUGUUUAUAUCUACUGCUUCACCUGAUUAAAAUCAAUAACAGCUGACUUAAAGUAUUAGAAAAAAAGGAAUUGUUAUUGUUUUAUUUAUUGUUUUUACUUGAUUUCUGUUGUUGUUGCUAAUCUUUCAUAGGCAGCUCAUUUUGGGUAGAUUUACAGAAGAUCAUAUUCUUAAAAUAUUACAAAUUGAAUUGAAAAUAAUUUACUUUCAAUGCAGUUUGUAAUAUUUCAAGAGCAGGUCUGUUUUUCGAAGAAAACCAAUGUGCUAUUGUCAAAGAUGCAUGCAUGUACGAUGUUUGUGUAGGAAGUAAAAUAAUUACUCUGCCUUUAAUAUUGAAUGAGUUGUCCUACUUGGUUUUCAUACAAAAUUGGGCACGUUAUAGCAUCUGAUUGGGGACAUCCUAUGUCUCAGUUCAUUUUGUUAUCGAUAUGAUUGAUGUGUUUAUUGAUAUAAACAAAAUGUCACUGAAUGAAGAACAUUGUCAGAGUUUUCUAGUAUGUGUUCCAUUUUAUUUAUCCGCUUUUUAUUUUGUACAUGUAUAUUUUUGUUUGCCUUUGUGAAAAGAGAAUACAUAACAU